UACUUUCAUAUGGGAAGCAACAUCGCUAUCGCUAACUCGACUGAGACCUCUCUUAGAGAUAUAAAGUUCUUUAAAAACGAGGAGGAAACUCACGAUUCUGUUAAUGAAAACGGAUCACUCUACCCAUUCUUUCCUCAACAGAUGGAAACUUACUCUGAAGGACUUAAUGAGAAUGGAAUGAUGAACUCCAUGCCUGCCAACGAUAUUGAGUAAAUCAAUAACAAGCUAUGCAGACUUCUGUAGGGAUUCCCUCACAGAAGCAUGGAUGCAAGCAAAGUAUGAUGAAGUGACUUCUGGACCGAUUUCACCCAGAUCUUUCAUCCUUGUAACCUAACUUAUCGAUAAUAAAAUUCAAAAAUAUAUAUCUCUUUACCUUGGGAAAGGAUUAGCUUGUAUCUUUGCGCUCUUUCGGUUUGCGCUAGUCAAUCUUGCAAUUUCAUGACAAGAUAAAUUCCCCGCAUUCUGGUUUCAAAUUUAACUAUUCACAAAUUUAUAUCAAUUAAUUUAAAAAGCUAAUUUUUCAAAGGCUUUCUUAGCAUAUGAAAGUCCUUAAAAUCACCUAAUUAGAGGGGUCUGAGCCUUCUCGCUUUGGAAUACUGAAGUCAGAUCUGGUUUUCCGGGAACGAAAAACGAUAUCUACUGAAAUUUUUCAAAAAACAUCCAAGUUUUCUGGAAAGCGUCCGAUUUUAGGCAAUUAUGCCGUUGAGAGAACUUUAUACCUAAGAGUCUAACUAAGAAGAUUGGGGUGCCAAGGGUUUAUUAAGAUAGCCUUGAAGGACAUGAGUACUCUUCAAGGCGACUUAUAGCUGUUCUCGUUUUAUAUUAUUAGUAUGAUGACGAAAUUUUCUACUGAAAUUUCGAUCACUCUUUCAUAGGUGAACUCUCUAAACCUCAAACAAAAUUAAAUAAAAUAUAUUCCAAGGUAUUUUAGACAAGCUUAGCUAACUAAUCGGUGAAACUCAGAUCUAUAUCAUGAGGAUGUCGAAAGCCCCGAUCGUCAUCCGUUUCUUUCUGUAUGAUGAUCAAGAAUGUCUGACAAGAAAAUUCAAUAUUUUUGCACUAGAAAUUCUCAGAAAAGAUCAAGCAAAGCUUUUGGCAAGCCAAAGGAAGCUCUGAGGGCCUAAAUCUUAGAUUCAAAGACAUCCUCCGGUCGGUGAGGGAUGCCACCGGACAACUUUACCCCAUUUCA